ACGAACAAAGUAUUUGUGGGCUCAGGCCUGCGAACCACCAAGACUGGAAGUCCAUGGCGGCGGAGGAAGCGGAGCUUGGUUCCCCGGCGUCGGCGCAGCCGCCGGCACCGAAGCGGCGGAAGAUCGAACCGUCUCGGAGGAGUAGACCUCCUUCUCAAACUGCUGUUGAUAAGGACAAAGUGGCGGCAUCAUCCAAUACAUCGGUUUCAGGCACACCGCUAGCGAGAGUGGAUCUCAACAAAAUUAGAGAGGCAAAGCAAUUUGCUGUCCUUCAAGCACAGCACGAGGGAUGCCUUGGAAGCUUCAAAAGCUUUGAUUCUCUGUUUGGAAAUUAUCUCGUUCCUGUUACUCCAAGCGAUGACUUCUUCGAGCAAAUUUCAAAGAAGUGAUCCAACAAAUUUGACAGACGUGAAGAGGUAGGACGAUGAUCAUGCUAGAUUUACUAACAGAGUAAUAGUUAUGACUUCAAAACAAACUGUAUUUUAUUUUGAAAUUGAGGUUCUGUUCUUCAAA